GUGAAUAAUGGCGGAUUGCGGGAACGGCACCGCUGCGAAAAAACUCAAAACGGACACCGACAAUGAGUGCAAAGAUACCGAGUUUUUAUCCGAAAGUCCCGUGGCUGGUUUUGAGAUCACCCGGAUUCUGCGCGACUCUGCGCGGGAGAAAAACAUCUUUAUUCAUGGAAAGGUGAAGGAUCAGGAUGCUGUUGUGAUUUUGGAGAAGACCCCCAUCAGACAGGACACACUCAAGGAGUUACUAAAGAGCAGUGAACUCAAACUGGAGAUGAGGAAUGAUGUGUACAGCACAUACCAGCUACAUGCACCUGCCCACCUGAACCAAAUCAAGACAACAGUGGUGUGCCCUGCGACAGAGAAGCAUGUCAAGAAAUACUUGCGUCAGGAGAUUUUUCUGGUUGCAGAAUCAGGGGAGGAAUAUCGAAGCAUCACCCUGCCGUACAUCAGCAAGCAGAGCUUCAGUGUUCAGUGGGUGUACAACAUACUGGAGAAGAAAGCAGAGGCGGAUCGGAUUAUUUAUGAAGAUCCAGACCCCGAUACUGGUUUUGUCCUAUUGCCAGAUUUUAAAUGGGAUCAAAAGCAGAAUGAAGACUUGUAUCUGAUUGCCAUCAUCCACCGGAGGGACAUCAAAAGUUUAAGGGAUCUUACAUCAGAGCAUCUGCCAUUACUCACAAACAUUCGCAGCAAAGGAGAGGACACCAUUCAGAAGCGAUUCGGUGUCCCCUCCAGCAAACUGCGGGUGUAUUUGCACUAUCAGCCCUCGUACUAUCACCUCCACAUCCACUUCACCUCACUGGACUACGAAGCCCCAGGCUGUGGGGUGGAACGGGCUCACCUGCUUUCUGAUGUCAUCCAGAACUUGGAGGCAGAUUCUAGUUACUAUCACAACCGCAGCAUGACUUUCCCUCUGCGUACUGAUGACGGUCUGCUCCUCAAGUUCAAAGAGGCUGGAAAGAUCUAAACUGACCGCUAAUCUCUUUUUGGCUUUUGUUAAAAAAAAGCCUUGUAAUUGCAUCUACUUUGAGAAAUAAGAUUCUCAAAGUUGUUUCGUAAAGUCGAUUUUAUCAAAUAGAGAAAUGUAAUUGUGAUUGUUUUGCAUUUGUAUUAAAGUAUUGAUUCGUUUUUUUAAA